AAGCCAUGUCCGCCACGGAGCCCAACGAGUAUGAGGAGGCCCGCAGACGGCGCAUGCUCCGCAACGAGGCUGUGCUGCAGCAGCUGGGCCUGCUUGAAAACCCCAUGAGCGGCGCUGCAGAGCAGCAGAGGUCUCAGGCCGCCGAGCAGCGACGGGCGGCACGGCAGUGGCGGCAGGCGGCGCCAGCAGCACCAGCAGGCGAGCAGCAGGUUGCUGCAGAGCCGCCUCGGCGAUCGCGGCGGCUGCAGGGCGAGGGCGCGGAGAAUGCAGGCGCAAACUGGGGGGCCCGGCCCAGCGAGAGGGAGCAGCCGCGGUGCGCCCGCGUGUGGCAGCCGGUGCAGGUGGACUUGGCGGCGCUGGAGGGCGGCGGCAGCCAGGAGCUUCAUGCGCACAACGUGAUGAGGGUCCGCAGCAUGAGCGACCGGGCGCUGCAGACGCGCAUCUGGAAGAUCCGGCGGGCAGACAAGCUGCACUCGUUCAUCAAGGUGCUGGAGGCGUGCGGGAAGGAAGAGCUUGCGGCGGAGGCGCAGCAGGCGCUGGAGGCCAUGGUGGGCUGUGGCGGCGGCGGCGGGACGGCGGCGGCAUAA